GGAGGUCAAUGGGAAAUGAGGUAAGAGCUAAAAGUAUAAUAAAGCGACGGCCGGGAUUCAAAGAUCUCCGAUCCCGCACACAACACUUGGCCACACCGUAAAAUUGCGCGUCAAAUAUCCAGAUUCAAAGCAUAGAUUGGAGGGAAAAGAAAAGAAGGAACACAAUUUAUUUAUUUUAUUUUUUAUUAACCGUUUUUUUUUUAUCUUUCUUUUUUUGUCUCUCAUUUCAAAUAUACAGGAUUUGAAAUCCGAACCAGGCUCCAUCACACCGUUGAAGGAAGCGCAAAACUUUAAGCCAAUGGCGGAAGUUUUGAGCCCUAACGCUAGGCCUAGGAUCCCUAUGGCCUCUCGCAUCCAGUCCCCCACAAGUCCCUUCUUCCUGGGCUCUAACGACGACAAACUCGAGCGUGUCCAGGCUCGAGCCGCUCGAGUCGCCGCCAUCCGCCGCAAGCCCGUUCUUUCCCAUCCUCAGUCGCCUACUGAUUCCGACCCUUGCCUAUCUAAAGACCAGAUUCUGGAGUUGUUCCAAAAUUGCAUUAAAUUGGCCAGUGAAAAUAAAAUUAAUCAAAAGAACACUUGGGAGCUGAAUUUAAUAGACCAUCUUCGCGAGGUUAUCUAGGUCGAAGAAGAAAAUGACGUUGAGACGAACUUUCAAAAGGCCAGUUGUACUUUGGAAGCUGGUGUUAAGAUUUAUUCAUUGAGCGUGGAUUCGGUUCAUUCAGAAGCAUACAAGGUUCUUGGUGGGAUAAACAGAGCAGGUCAAGAAAAUGAGCAAGAUUCUGUGGUGGAGAAUGGAAAUAUUGAUACCACACUGGAAGUGAAUCCUAAGAAAGAGACAGAUAAAAAGAUGUCACCUUUAUCAACGCUGGAAUCUUCUUUUGAGGCUCUUAAUGUAAAGAAAUUUGAUGUAGCAUUUGCAGUGGAUCCUCUCUAUCAUCAAACAUCUGCACAAUUUGAUGAAGGUGGAGCCAAGGGUCUAUUGUUGAAUAAUCUUGGUGUUUAUGCUGGAUGUCGUGUUCUCUUUGAUUCAUUCGAAGUGCCAGGGAAGGAAAUUCCUUCUUCAAAUCAGCAUGAUAUAUCUGAAACAAUUGAUCUAUCUUUUGCUGGAGAAUACCUUGAGCGUAUGGUGUUGAACAUGCAAACAAAAGAUGAGAUUUCUCCAACUCUCCAUAAUAUAGUCAAUCAACUUUAUGAAGAGAACAGAAGGCCACUGGAGAACUUUUCCUGCAGCCAGAGAUCAACAGAGCUAGCUGAUGCUAUAAAUAAUGAAAGCGAGUUUGAUGGUGUUGCAUUUGAGAGUUUUGACAAUGAUGGUUUCGAUCAUGAUGACCAACCAAGCAUUGUUGAUGAGGAAUUUAACAGGGAAGAGCCAACUUUUACGACUUAUCACGAGGUUUAACAUCGAUUAUUUUCUUUCAACAAUCCUGAUGCAGAUGACAGAUUUGAGAAAGUUGAUGAUUAUUUGUUUUUGAACCUGGGAUUUACUUUGAAACAAAAUGCUUGGGGUGGUCCUGAUCAUUGGAAAUACAGAAAAACUGAAGGUUCUGAGAAUAUUGCUGAUGAAGAAAAUAUGGAAGUGUCAACUACAAAGAAAGCCAAAAAUAAGAAACAAGCUGAGCCUGAUAUUGAUUUCACUAAAGCCUUGGAUAAUGAAAUGCCUGACAUCUUUGCUCCUCCCCAGAAUCUUAAGUCAUUGCUUCUACCUUCAAACAGAGCACCUUGUAAUACAAAGCUUCCUGAAGAUUGUCACUAUCAACCUGAGGACCUUGUAAAAUUGUUUCUUAUACCCGACAUGAUAGUAAUGUUUACCACCAGUUUGCUACUAAAAGAUGGCUUGGAUGUUAUAGCCGAAUUUGGAACAGUUACAUUAGUUUGUUUAAAACUCUUGUUUUAACCUAACUUGGUUAAGCGUUUCAAAAAAAUAAAACUUGUAGAACCCUCACAGAUGUUCAGACAAACUUUA